AUGCCAUUUCUCGUUAAUGGCUCAUUAAUCCGUGUGUGUUGCUGUCCAUCAAAUCCAUUACGUUUAACUGUUCGUAAAAUGAUCAGUUGUACUACUUUUAUUCGACGAUUUUAUCCACUUGGUUUUCAACAGGAAGCAUUAGUACUCUCGAAAAUGACACUUGCAUUUGUUAUAAGUCAUAUAUGUACCUCUUGGAUGUUGUCUACCGUUUCUCUUGCCUUCAUGGGUCAUUUAGGACAAGCAGAGCUAAAUGCAAGUGGAUUGGCUUUCAGCGUUUACAAUCUCUUAGGUAGUUCAAUUAUAGUUGGACUUAAUUUUGCUGCAGAGACUCUUAUGCCACAAUACUUCAGUGGAGACAAACAACAAACGGGCCUCAUAUUGCAACGGGGUGCAAUUAUAGCUGGUUAUGCAUGUUUCACUUGUUGGAUAUUGAUGCUGAACGCGGGAUAUGUUUUAAAAUGGAUUCAGGGAGAUCAAGAAGUUUUGACAUUAGUUAAUAGAUUUAUUCGAAUCUAUAUUUUUGUUUUACCAUUUGAUGCACUCUCCCUAUUGCUUGGAAUGUAUAUUGCAAGUAGUGGAAGAACUGUACCACUCAUCAUUAUCAACAUGAUCGGAAAUGCAAUCAAUGUCUUAUCACACUACAUUUGUCUCUAUCAUCUUCAUUUGGGCAUUUGUAGCACACCAGUGUCAAUGAUUAUUGCAUAUUGUUCUAUAGUACUCUCUGCAAUCAUCUAUAUUCGUUAUUCGCCAAUCUAUAUCGAAGCUUGGUGUCCUAUUGAUCGCAAAUGCCUUCAAGAAUGGAAUGUUUAUCUUAAACUGGCUAUACCAGGCGUAUGGAUAGCUAUGUAA